UCGAGGAAACUGAGAUCACAUGCAUUCAUUAUUUACACAGUCAAAAUGACUGAUGCAAAUGCUAUACAAGAUCAUAUUGAAGAAGAAAAAAUUACACAUUAAGACUUUGCCUUUGAAAUUAAACCAUUCAUGCAUUAAAGGGUUAAAUGCGCUUUUAUAGAGUGAGAUUGCAUAAAGUUCAGAACUUCAAAAACAGAAACAUAGACUUUGCAGCAGCUCCCGGCUCGCCUAAGUGAAACACUUGGCAUAUCAGAGGCACUUACCAGCUCCUUCAGUGAAUAAAACAAUUAAAUGUUGUAAAUAAGUAUGAUUCUUUUGCAUGGAAACACAAACCUUGUUCUGUGUCUGGAAAGAGGUAGUCCGGUUCAGAGCUCUUGACGUGGUUCGCAGCCAGAAAGAAAAACAAAACUGAACCGCAAAGUCGCGACUCUGACCCGACUUGGCAUGUUUCUGCAAUGCAAAAUUAACGCAUUAAAUAAAUAUACUGCGGCACUGACGCCGAUGAAAUGGUUCAAGUCAGUCCUGAGGGGAGUUUCUGAUGAAAGCAGGACGGAGAAAGAAAGUGAGCGGAUAAUGAAGGAAUGAAGGAAUAUAAUUUGGAACAAAUCAGUCCCAAUUAAGGUAAAGUUAGACAGAAAUGACCAUAAGUGGAGUAUUACGAGUCUUCAGUACACAAAAAAUGGCUUAUCUAAACAGUCUUGUACUUACAGUAGCCUUACAAGUUCAUUCAGUGAAGGAUUCGUCCGACUGAUUCAGAUUCAAACCAUGCAAUCAUGAAACAUGAAAAUGAACUGUUUAACUUAAAUGAAUCAUUUUUUGAUGGUAAAACUGCAUUCAAGCAUAGUAACGUUAAAUGUGACAUAAACGCGAUAUGAAAUAUAGUUGAAAACCGCUAUUAAAAAUAAUUAUUUAUUUUCCGAGCUAAUGAGCCAAUCAGCGAAAAUGCUGCUGCUGGUAAACAAUCCGUUUCCACGGCAACUGGAACAAGACGCGUCACUGUUUCAUGACGUCACAGACCCAGUCAGUAUAAAAGGUCUCGCCCUGGCAGAAUCUUUUUAGUUGAGUGAUGUUCGCAACAGAGACGUUCGUCUGAGUGAACUCUGCGAAAACAAACCUAGCAACACUUGUACAAACGCCAGUCCGUAUAGAUCGAAAUAUAUUUAAUCUGUACAGACAGUGUGUAUCAGAUAACAUUACAGUUCAAACUGACAUUACCAGAUACAGAUUACUUAUCUGUCAGUAUGAGAACCACAGACACAAUGUCCACAGACGUGAGAGAGGUGCUUCUAGAGGUUUACGUCAAUGACGCCUUCUACUUCGGUGACAGCUACUGGGCAUCAGAUGAUAAAGAUGUGCAGCUGGAGUUUGAGAUCACCGAUGACAUCUACGACCUUAUCAGCGGCAGUGCAUCUCGAGAGUUAGAUGUGCAGCUGGAGGUUGUGACAGUGGAUCAUGUCUCAGGCAGAUACUGUUGUCCAGGAGAGAUGCGUGUGCAGCUGGAGGUUAAUGCUAGUGAAAACAUCUCAGUCUGUGAAGUGAAAGAUUUGCAGCUGGAGAUGAACCGGAAUGACAGCAUCUCGGAGCUGAAGAGUCCUACACUGGUCUCUGAAGAUCUGAGCGACCCAGCAGGACCUUCAGUGGAAGAGGCCAAUGAUCAGGGUGGCCUGGAUGCUGAGAACAGUCCAACAGGACUCACUGUUGGGGAGAUAACCAGGAAAAUGGGGGCAAUCUUCCAGCAAAUUUGUGCAGUUUUCCAGACAAAAAUGCCAGAAACUGUUGGGCAACCUGAAGUGGAUCUUCUCGAUACAAAGGAAUCAUUUGUUCCGGAUCCAAGUGCUCUCAAGCCAGAACCUGAAAUGGAUCUGUUAGAUACUGAGCAAUCGUGUAUCCCUGAACCUGAAGUGGAUCUUGUUGUUCCUUCUGAACCUAAACUGGAUCUGGUUGAUCCAGAGGAAUCAUGUGCCAGCCCAAAAGAAACUACCAAAGCCAUGAAGAAUAAGAAAUUUCUUGGCUUCGUUGUAACUAAGAGAGUAGAAUAUGCUACAGUGAGGAAUACGAAAAAAACCUUCCUCCAGAACGACAGAUCGAACUCCGCAUGGCCUGAGAUGGAUCUGAAUGUUCGUGAACCAAAACCUAUUGAGGAUUUGGUUGCUCCUCCUAAAUGGGAUCUGGUUGAUGCAGUGGAACUGUACACCCGGAGUCCUAGCGUUCCUGAGCCGGAAUCUGAGGAGGAUCUGGAUGAUCCUCUUGAACGUGAAUGGGAUAAGGACUCGAUGGAAUUAUAUGCCCCGGGUUCAAGUGUCCCUGAGCCAGACCCUGAAGAGGAUCUGGUUGAUUUAGUGAAAUUAUACCUCCCGGGUCCAAGCGUUCUCAAGCCACGACCUGAAUGGGAUCUGGCUACUCCAGUGGAUUUGGGUGCACUGAGUCCAAGCGUUCUUGAGCCAGAGUCUACAGUGUUAUCUGAACUUGCAAAUUUGGAAAACUACGUCCCUUUAACCAUGCUCCAACUAGAGGAUCGUUUGAAGCAGUGUACACUGCUCAAACAAAGACAUGUCACCAAUGUCUGGCCCAGGGUCUUCAUCGGAGACGAAGAGGCUGCAACAGACCGAGAUAUGCUGCAGGAGAUGUGCAUCACUCACAUUCUGAACGCUGCAGCGCCCAAAAAGGACUUGAACUACUUCUUGGGAACAUCUUAUGUUGAAGAUCUAGAAGGAACAGUCAAUACAGGGUCCAGAUAUUACAGAGGCUUGCACAUCAAUUAUUACAGCUUGCCUACAACGGACGGACACUGCUCUGACAUCAGCAAGUGCUUCAUGCCAGCUGCAAAAUUCAUUGACAAGGCCGUGAAUAAGCCAGGGAGUAAGGUGUUGAUUUGCUGCAAGCAGGGUGUCGACCACUCUGCGACUCUGUUUCUGGCAUAUCUGAUGAUCUGCCAUGACAUGAUGGUGGAGGAUGCCAUUGAUGACGUCAUAAAGUCGAAACGCAUCCAGCCCUCCAGAGACUUCCUGAAGGAUCUGAUGCUCCUCAAUGCUGACCUUGUGAACAAGCGAAAACUAAAGCUAGAGGACAUAAAAAAAGGCAAAAAGAGGAGAAAAUGGCAGCUAAAAAAAAAGUGUAGAGAUAUACUAAAAGAUAUAAAAGAAAAUGUGCACAUAUAGAAAUGUCAAUAAAAUGAAUGGAUAAUGUCCUGAUAACGA